AUGUAAGGAUAAAAAAUAGAAUAUGUAAAAUAAAUUUUACAUUCAAUAUUAACUAAUUUGAGAGAAUAAGAUAGAUUAUGUUUGAUUAGUUUUAAUAAUGAAGGUAAACUUUUAACAGGUUUGUAAAAAGUAACACCAGAAACUUAAGAAUAUUUUGCAUUUGUUAUUGAUGAUUUACAAUGUAUAGGUACAACACAGUUAUGGAAAGGAACUGAAGUAGCAUUUGAUGUAAUUAAUUAAAGAAAAAAUAAAAAUAAUUGGGCAAGAAUUCUCAUAUUUUCAGAUGGGUAAGAUGAAAUAGCACUUACUAAAAUUAGAAAAUAAUUAGAAUAUAAUUAUGAUAUUUUCACUAUUGAUUCAUUUGGAUUUAGUAAUUCAAAUGCAAAUAAAAGAUUAUCAGCUAUAACAAAUUUAAGAUUUGGAAAACAUUAUAUAAUAACUGAUGAAUAAUAGGUAUUUAAAUGUUUGGAAGAAGCCUUUGCUAACUUUCCAUUCAAUCUAUGGGAUGAUGUAACUAUAACAAUAUCAACUAACUCAUAAAAUAUUCCAUUUGAUAAAAUAAUGAUUACUGAAAUACAUAGUGAAGGAUGGGUUGAAUUGUAAAAUUAACAUUAAUAUUAAAUUACAAUACCUAAUUUAGAAAUUGGAGAAUCCUUCUUAUUCCCAAUUGAAUUGGCAUUCUAGAAAUUUAAUGACAAUAUUAUAGAUAAAUCUAAACCAGUCUCUUUAUUAAAGGGUAAAAUAGAAAUGCAAAAUAGUAUAACUGGUAAAAGGAUGAUAAAAAAUGUAGAUCUUGAUGCUAUCUUUCUUUAUGAAAAUGAUUCUAAUACUUUAGAUUUUAAUACAUAUUUUAAUUGUAAAUAAUCUCCAUUAGUUAUUUGGGUAUGUGAUUAAUAAUAGACUUGUAAUUUUAUAAAUUUUAUAAUAGAAUUCAAUAGAAAAUCUUAUUUUGAAUUGAUUUGUGAGAAUUUGUAAUUAAAAUGGUAAUUAUAAUAAUAAAGAAUUAAGUAACUUUAUGAUGAAGAACCAUCAUGA